CUCAUUGAUCCACGUGCCCACUACAAAAUUCGACAAUCGAAGGUCAUAUAUUUUGUUAGCGUGUAUUUACCCUUUAAUAGUGACUCGAUAAAUAUUAAAGAAAAUGAAUAUUAUGCGAAACCUAAAAGGUAAUGUACGUGAAAUUACAAUUAAACAACGCUCAUUCUUAAACAGUUACAAUACGGCUACCUUAAAUGCAGGUAUCUCACAUUAGCUUAGCUUAAAAAUUUAUCAGGACUAGAAAAAGAACUGCAAGACAGUGUAAAAACAGGAUUACAAAAAGCAUUGUAGAGUUGCAGACAUGAAAAUGAUAAAAAUGGAAAUAUCGCUUAUAUUUGAAAUUUAUAUUAUUACACUAUUGAUAAAUGACGUUACUGGACAGAAAGAUCUCAUUACUUACCAUCCACCGGGUCGUUUGAGGGCAACUUAUAUGAUAACUGCCCCAAGGAUACUACGCCCGAAUCAAGUAUUCCGUAUGUACGCUAUCAUACUAAGACAAGAGUAUGAUGACAUCAUCAUCCGGGCUUCGAUUAGAAACGUCGAGCAACGUUCCGAGGUCGGGGGAGUGUCCGAACAUUUUAGCAGGCUUGGUGGACGUAGUCUAGAAAUUAAGGUGCCGGAGUUUCUACCCCCUGGGAAUUAUACACUAUAUGUAGAAGGCAAAUCAAUGAGCGGAGUUGGUGGAUCUUUAUUUUACAACGAAACAUCUUUGAUAUUUGACACAAAACAAGUAUCUGUUUUUAUGGAGACGGACAAACCAGUAUACAACAAAGGGAAUAAAGUAAGAUUUAGAGUUAUCCCAGUCACGCCAAAUCUGAUGCCAGUACAGGGGACAGUUGACAUCUUCAUUAUAGAGCACAGUGACGUCAUAGUGAGACGCUGGUUAGCACAGGCAAUCAAUAAUGGUAUUAUCGAGAAGGAGUUCACCCUUCCUGGAAGUCUACAAAAACGGGCAAGAUGGAUCAUUGAGGUCCAUGGGUUUGGUCACGUGUACAAAAAGGUGAUCUACGCAACAGAAAUGUAUGUUGAGCGAAUGGUUGUUAACAUCACUACGCCCCAGACCAUAAAAACAACCGAGUACGGAUUAGCUGGUUUUGUUAAAGCAUUUUACCAUCCAAGUUGGAUUCCCACGAAGGGCAAUGGCUCAAUUGAUUUUGCAGUUGAAGGGUUUCCGAAUUCAAAAUUCAGCAUUGAAAUUCCAUAUUUUGAGAAUGAAUUUCAAUUCAUGUUAACAAUGGAUGAGAUUAGACGGCGCACUGGUGUCGUUAACCUAUCAGGCAAAGCUAUCAAAGCGAAGGCCUGGGUUUACGACUUUUACUACUAUGAAACGAGAUGGGGCGAGACUACAACGAUAGUUUACGAUGGGGCGGGUUUUCGUAUGUUUUUUGUAGAGGAUAUUAUUAGGACUUUCAAGCCUAAUAUGCCAUUGGACGUUCAUAUUGCUCUCAAAGAUACAGAUGAAUCACGCCCUCUAUUUUCUACUCCGGGUCAUGUGGAACUUGAAAUAAGUUAUCAAACCGAGGAUGGUGCUUCGCGGAAAACACGUGAACGUCUUCCGUUUUCCGAUGAUAACAUAGCUGCCCUUACGAUUCAUCCCGGAGAGGACGACAAACUCAUUACAAUUAAUGCGAGGUACAGGGGACUGGGUAUGACAUUACCACUCAUCAGAAUGUUAGCCUAUAGAGUGUUUUCCAUCAACAGAUACUAUAUGCAGCUGAAAUCUCUAACCUCGGAGCCAAAAGUCAACAGAUACAUGACGUUUGUAUUAAAGACAAAUACGUUCGUGGACACAAUAUUUUAUCACAUUGUAAGCACUGGUAAUAUUGUGGUAUCCAAUCAGCUUGACAUGACUUCGCAACAAAAAUCAUUUUCGGUUGCUAUAUCACGUGAUAUGAUGCCAAGUGCCCGGAUGGUAGUAUAUUUUGUUAAACACGGGGAAGUAGUUGCAGAUUCAUUAUCAUUCUACGUUGACCCUGCUGCUCUUCACGAGGUCGAUCUUACAAUAAACCGAGGAAAAGACUUCAGUCCAUCAAACGUUGAGGUCAUUGGAACAGCGGACCCUGGUACUCUGAUAGCAUUUAAUUCCGAGCAAUAUUACUUGUACGAUCUUGGAUUGAGAAAUUUCAUCACAGAACAGGAAAUUGUCGACGAACUGCUUACGUAUGACAGUCAUACAAACGUUUCUGCAAGUGUUUCCUGGAAAGGGAAACACUGGGAAAGAGAACGAGUGUAUUUCCCAACUCAGUCGUAUGGAGCUGAUGCAAAUACAACAUUUACAUUUGCUGGUCUACAUGUCUUUACCGAUGCAAACUUAACAACAGUACCAAGUGACUGCAAUGCUACUAACGGCUGGCUGACGUGCCAUGACGGGAGCUGUUAUAGAGUAGAGAAAAAAUGUGACGACAACUUUGACUGCGAAGAUGGUGCAGAUGAAAGUGGCUGUGGACGCGAGGCACCGAUUGUAAGAACAUGGGACUACCUUAAGGACCUAUUUUUCCACAUUCCAUACUUUGAAAGGUUUGAGGACGUUUCCUGGGCUUGGCACACGGACUAUACAAAGCCAAGUGGAAAGAGUUAUUCUGAACUGGCGCCUCCAUUCCAGCCGUAUUCAUACGCCAUUUCUGCAAUAUCAGUCAGCAGAGAUAAAGGUCUUGGGGUCACGCAGGUUCCAUAUAUGGUUGAUGUUACACGUGACUUCUACUGCAGAUGUGAAUUUCCUAAAACUGCACGGAGGGGAGAACAGAUUGGGAUACAGGUCUGGUUAUCCAGCUUUUACAGCUACUCGGUUGAGGUGUUGGUAACUCUAUUAGCUAGUAACGACUACAAAUUUGUCGCAGUGGGAGACAAGCACAUUAUCAGCAGUUAUGCACCUGACCUUUUAAGUGGAGAAAUACAAACCCUUGUUUAUUUGUCUCCUGGGGAAAAACGAUUCGUUCACUUCCCCAUUCUACCACUAAAGACAGGUACUACUAAAUUCAAAAUCACCGCUGAUACAUUUAAACGUGGCGAAGGAUGUUCCGGUUCGAUUAAAGUGACGAUGGAUGGUGUCAGAAAUACGUGGCAUACGCCUUAUUUUGUGGAUUUGGUAAAAUAUAGUCAGAUUAUCAUCCCUGAUCUUUGGAUCCCAGUCCCAGAACGAUUUGUGCUCCCUGAACAGCGGCAUCAUCUCUACGUCCCUGGCUCAGCUGUUACAAAAGUUUCUAUUGUAGGUGAUGUUCUUGGUCCAGCGUUCUUCACUAGCAAAUUGCGAUCUUCUGAACUUUUAGAUGUUUCUAGUGGAAUGCUAGAAGCUCACUUCUUUGAGUUCACACAGAAUCUAUGGUAUCUUAAAUAUUUAAAGUCAACAGACCAGCUCACGCAUGCUGUGCAAACCAAAGCAUUGGCCAUAAUGAAUACAGUCAUCGAAAGGGCGAUGAGAUAUAAACAAAAUGUUCGGGGUGGAUUCAGCAUGUUUUACAAAUCUUCGUCUAACUUAUGGGUAACUGCAUAUAUGCUACAACAUAUGAAAAAUGCGCGUGAUACAGAGUGGGAAGGCCAGUUUUACAUAACAUCUGAGCUAUUAAACGAUAUGGCCACAUGGAUUGUAUCUAGGCAAAAUAAAAGUUCUGGCUGCUUUAUGGAGGUCCAGGAUUAUUACAUGAGGACAAUGAUUCCCAAACUGCAGGUGUUAAAUGGAGUGGAAGACUACUGGAACAUUACUUUAACUGCACAUGUAGUAAUUGCUUUGUCGGGAAAUCUUGGUUUAACUGGUGAGGCAUCGAGUGCUGCCGAAAAGGCCAAGGACAAGGCUGCUGAGUUUUUAGCAACGACACUUGAAAUACUUGACGAUCCAUUUGACCUAGCUAUUGUGACGUAUGCCCUGCACGCAGCUGAACAUAGGAAAAAGGGGGAAUUCUUCAGAAAACUAAAGAAGGCCAAGAGGAAUGAUAAGGGGGAACAAUGGCCGUAUUGGUCCCCCAUUGAAAUUGAUCCCAUCGAAAUUGAGACUAUUGACGUCACACCGUUUAUGCAGCCAAACGAGCCAUCCGCCAUGGGCGUCGAAUCAGUUAUGGCCACGUCAUAUGCACUUAUGUGUUACGUUCAACAGAACUAUUUAAAUGAAGCCUCUAAGAUCAUGUAUUGGCUACAAAGCAGAAGAAGAGGAAAAGGCUUCUGGUCGGGGACAGUUGACACUUCAACGGCGAUGCAAGCGUUAUAUAUGUAUGGACUGCGCAAUCCCAAUAGGGAUCUAUACAACCUUGAACUGACAGUAGAAAGUACCUCUACCGCUGAGUGGUCCAAAGUUGUUGUACUAAAUAAAGACAAUUUCAAUAUUGAGCAAGAAUUGACGGUGCCAAACACAUGGGGAAGUGUAAAAGUCACCGCUCGUGGAAAUGGCCUGGCUCUUUUACAAGUGACAACGACAGUAAAUGUUGAGUACAUGGAUCAAAUGAGAGCCCCGGGAAAGCCCCCAAAUGGCUUUCGGAGACAUUUCGAUCUUGUAAUGAACCUAAACUGGGGCGGAAUGAACAAUAGUAUCAUGAUCAUGCAACCGUGUGCAAGAUGGCUGAGGACGGAUUUAGGACCCCAUAGUAUGCUGGCGUUCUUCAGGAUAGAGAUUCCAACUGGAUACAUGGUUAUAAAGAACGAACUAAGAGCUAUGCUUAAACGUCAUAAGAACGUCGUUAGGAAUCGGGUGUCUGGAAAUUAUCUCAACUUCUAUGUAAAUAAGAUAGGAACAGACUGGUUAUGUACAGACGUUAGAGCGGACCGCUGGUACCCGGUAGCUAACGCCAGUAUACAGCACACAGCAAUGGUAGCUGAGUUCUUCCAGCCGGAUAUUCAGAACCGGACAUUAUACACCACAUAUAACUUAUUCCUACAGCACAUAUGUAUGGUCUGCGGGUCCUACCAGUGCCCGUAUUGUCCAUAUUUUAAUUCCGCAGAAAGUACGCGUGGAUGCCUUACAUUUUGGUGGAUUGCUUUUUACGGACUUGUCAUGAUAUGUUUUCAACAAAGUGACAAUAUUUUCCCAGCAGAUGAUAAAUAAAAAAUAUUUUAAAAGAGAUCUCAAUUAUAAUUCAAUAUAUUAUGAGGCCACGUGAAACGUAUGCUCUAAACAUUGCUAUACUGACGCUGCUAACAUUCAUGUCAAUCGCUUUGCCACUUUACAGGUUUUCAGCAUUCCUCUAGUUUGACCAUAGUUUAAAAGUAUGUGUAAUCAUUGUCAUGAAAGACUACAUGUUUCGCAUAGAAUGCCGUUUAUAGUAUUAUUUGAGUGGCUUUAGUUAAUUUUCAAUUUUGCUUUCUAUUUUACUUUCAGUUUUUCGCUUUUGUAGUCAAAAUUCAAUUUUCUUUAAUUUGUUCGACUUUGUAUUUCUUCUUCAAGUUUGCUUGAUUUAAUGUUUUAGACUAAUCUAGAGAAACUUAUACGUUUUAAGGAUCUUUGCUGAUUUUAUGUUUAAAUAUACAGUAACAAAUAGAUGUCUGGAUUUUUAUUUUUUCAAUCCAAUCGUUGGAAUGGCCAUUUUGAAAAAUGGCAACCAUUUUUAUUUGUGUUAUUUGACAUUGUUGGUUCAUCAAUCAGUAGUGUGUCGAUUUUGUUGAAAUUUGAUUCGUGGUAUCAUUUUGCAAAGAUUACAUUACAAUGGUAGUCUUGAUGUGAUCCCCUUCGUGUUACAAAAGAAAUGGAAUUGCCUGCAAUAGUGGCUUUGGUCCAAGAUUUUUAUUUGCUGACUUUCUUCGUAUAACAGUACACUUGGAUUAUUUGUAUGAGUUGCAUAACAUUAGCUAUUAGUAAGCACAAUCAAAUUGACAUAGACAUAGUGGUGACAUAGAAUGCUUAUCCCACUGAAUGAAAUUCGUAGAGAUAUA